UUAUUUUUAUCUUCACAGGAAUUGAAGAAUAAGGAGGAAGAGAAUAAUAAGAAGAAGAAGAAGAAGAAGAAGAAGAAGGUGGGAUGUCGUACCUGCUGCCGCACCUGCACUCCGGAUGGGCUGUAGAUCAGGCCAUCCUGGCCGAGGAAGAGCGACUCGUCGUCAUCCGUUUCGGCCAUGACUGGGACGAGACCUGCAUGCAGAUGGAUGAAGUGCUAUCAUCUGUUGCUGAGACACUUAAGAACUUUGCUGUAAUCUAUCUUGUGGACAUCACCGAGGUGCCUGAUUUCAACACAAUGUACGAGCUCUAUGACCCAUCCACAGUUAUGUUCUUCUUCCGAAACAAGCACAUCAUGAUUGACCUUGGCACUGGAAACAACAACAAGAUUAACUGGGCUAUGAAGGACAAGCAAGAGUUCAUCGACAUUGUGGAGACGGUGUAUCGUGGUGCAAGGAAGGGUCGUGGUUUGGUUAUUGCACCAAAGGACUACUCCACCAAGUACCGCUACUAAGUCCACAUGCAAGUUGGAGUUGAUUUGAAGUUUAUAAGAUCAUAUGUCGAAACCUUGCUGCAUAUGCAUUAUGUAGAAAUAGCUGAAGUAAUUUGAAAACUUGUUGCUUUGAACUUGAAUGCGAAGAAGUCAAUUAUCAACUUUCUGUACUUGACAGGACUCCUGGUCAUGUACCAAGGAAGUGCUCUUUAAAUGAAAUUAACUACUACCA